ACGGGCCCGCUUCCCUUUCCGAGAGCGCAGGCGGCGGCCGCCGGUGUUUCUCUCCUCUCCGCCAAGUCGGCUCUGACCGCUCCCCUGCGGCGAGCAUGGCAGCUUGGAAAGGCGGGGCUGCUCUGCGGCUCUGCGCCACAGUUGUUUUACUUGAUAUGGCUUUCUGUAAAGGAUUUGUAGAAGAUUUAGAUGAAUCGUUUAAAGACAGUCGAAAAGAUGACAUUUGGCUUGUAGAUUUUUAUGCACCAUGGUGUGGCCACUGUAAAAAACUGGAACCGAUUUGGAAUGAAGUUGGUCUUGAGAUGAAAAGCAUUGGUUCUCCAGUUAAAGUUGGAAAGAUGGAUGCUACUUCCUAUUCUAGCAUUGCUUCAGAGUUUGGAGUUCGAGGUUAUCCAACAAUUAAGCUAUUAAAAGGGGACUUGGCAUAUAAUUAUAGAGGACCACGAACUAAAGAUGAUAUUAUUGAGUUUGCUCACAGAGUAUCUGGGGCUUUAAUUCGGCCACUUCCAAGUCAGCAAAUGUUUGAACAUGUGCGGAAGAGACAUCGUGUAUUUUUCGUUUAUAUAGGUGGAGAGUCACCUUUGAAGGAGAAAUACAUAGAUGCUGCUUCAGAAUUAAUUGUGUAUACAUACUUCUUUUCUGCCUCAGAAGAAGUGGUUCCCGAGUAUGUGACACUGAAAGAGCUGCCCGCUGUGCUUGUUUUCAAAGAUGAAACUUACUUUGUUUAUGAUGAGUACGAAGAUGGUGAUGUGUCAUCUUGGAUCAACAGAGAGAGAUUUCAGAAUUAUCUUACUAUGGAUGGCUUCCUCUUGUAUGAACUGGGAGACACCGGGAAGCUUGUGGCCAUUGCAGUUAUUGAUGAGAAAAACACAUCAAUGGAACACACGAGAUUGAAGUCAAUUAUUCAGGAAGUUGCUAGAGAUUACAGAGACCAGUUCCACAGGGAUUUUCAGUUUGGCCAUAUGGAUGGAAAUGACUAUAUAAAUACCUUGCUGAUGGAUGAAUUGAAAGUCCCAACUGUGGUUGUACUGAAUACUUCAAACCAACAGUACUUUUUACUAGAUAGACCAAUUAAGAAUGCCGAAGACAUGGUCCAGUUUAUUAAUAACAUUUUGGAUGGCACGGUACAAGCCCAAGGAGGUGAUAGCAUUUUGCAGAGAUUGAAAAGAAUAGUAUUUGAUGCCAAAUCUACUAUAGUGUCUAUAUUCAAGAGCUCUCCACUUAUGGGCUGCUUUCUCUUUGGCCUGCCACUGGGUGUCAUCAGUAUCAUGUGCUAUGGGAUCUACGCAGCUGACGCAGAUGGAGGGCACAUAGAAGAACGAUAUGAAGUAUCCAAAAGUGAAAUGGAAAGCCAAGAACUGAUAGAAGAGAGCAAAGAACGAGAGGAGCCAAGGAGGGAGGACUCCCCAGUGCCUACAGUGCAAGAACCCAAAGAUGCAUUAGAAAAGAAGACAGACUGAAACUCACGAAUAUAAAAUAUCUGCUAGGAUUUCCAAUUAUGAAAGUCUGUUUACUGAAUUUAGACAUUUAAUCAUGUUCUUUACAGAAGAGAACAUGUUAUUUGUAUUUUGGUAACCUCAACUGCAUGGAUUAAAGUAGUCCUUCCACAAAUGGG